CUGAUUGACUUAGAAAUUGUGCGACCGGCUAUCUUUCAAUUUGUUUACUGCAAUUAUGAACUACGGAAGAGAGUCGGUCAUUGAUGAUAGCGAGCCCUUGUUAAAGCUGGCACGUGGAAGGCCGAAAUGUGCUAGGGCCAUGAAUGACGACGAUGUAUUUAAGUUAAUAACUUGUGUUCAGAGCAAUGAGUGCAUAUGGAAUUUAACAGACGCCAACUACACAAAUAAGAAUGAGCGGAGAAGUGCUUGGAUGGAGAUAUGGAACCAACUCGAUUGUGCUUACGAGGAAACUGAGCUGCGUGCCAAAUGGUCCAAUCUUCGCAUACAGUACAAUCGUGUAUGUCGCAGGGACAAAUCAAGUCUAGGAGCUGAUUUUGAGCCUGCUUGGAAGUUUUUCAAUGCCCUGAGCUUUCUUGGACCUGUCGAUCGGGCCCAAAAACAGGAAACAUUUCCCCAUACAGUAUUGGAGGAAAGCCCAGACAACAGCAGCGGCGGUGCAUCAUCACCAACUUUUACCAAAAGGGCAGCAUCGCCAUCAUUUAGCAAAGGACCGUCAAAUAAAAGGCAACAUCAUGACAUGAUAAGAUCAUCAUCGGCCUCUGCGGAGAUAGUUAAUACUUUGCGCGAGGCAGUUGCCGCCAUAAAAGGCAACAAAGACAACAGUGCGAAUGUAAAUUUUUGCAAAUACCUUCUAUCUGAGCUGGAGCAACUGUCUGAUGUUAAUGCAUUUAUUAUGCGUAGGGAACUGCUGAACGUACUGAUAAACUACAACUUCCCACCGGAGCACACUGAUAAGCUUUCCAUUUAAAUUAGUUUGUGUUACAAAUAAUUUACUUUGUCCAUCUCAUAUAUGUACAUGUUUUUAUCUGUAUAGCUAGCUAAGCGAGUAGCUUUUAAUAUAAUAAUAAAUAUUAAUUCUUA